UAAAGAGGAUAAAGGUGAAUUUAGCUCCUGAAUAGUAAAGAUAAAGAAAAAGAGAACAAAAAAGCGCUUCUAAUUGCUUGGUCUAGUUACUCUUCAAUUAUAUAAUCUUAAUCAAGGGAUACGCAAAAUCUUUUUGCUAUCGAAGGGCCACUGUAUCAAACACCUACCUUCUCAUGUCGUCAUAGCUUAUACUCUAUGGCACAUAUGGAAAACAAGAAACAAAAAUAGCUUUGACAACACAAGGAUUUUGGCUAACUCCACAAUUAUACGACACCUUGCGACAUAAUAUUAUUACACGGCUUGUACUCCCAACUCUAAAAAAGCAAAAGUGCCUAUGUAUAUCAAAUGACUACCACCCAUGCUUGGUUCCGUUAAAUUAAACACAGAUGGCGCCUGUGUAGGGAUGCAUGUUUUGACAGGCAUAGGUGGAGUCUUCCGCAAUUCCACAGGACAUUGGAUGAUGGGAUAUGCAGGAACUACCACUGCAUCAACUGCUAUGGAAAGGAUUCUUGUUGCGCCAGCUCCAUGGUCCACCAGUUAUGCACACGUACAGGGAACAAAAUAUAGUGGCAGAUCGACUAGCUCGUUUUGGAUCCGGCUUGACGGGGAGCAGUAUCACUUUUUUUGCACAGCCACCGCCGUUUGUCAUGGACGUUCUGGCUGAAGAUAGAAUGGGAAGACUCAGAUUACGACAACACUCUAGCACACUUCAACCUGUCAUGCAAGCAACUACAGAUUUUUGUAAUAUCACACAGGAUAUAGCGCCACAACACCAUCUUUUUUGUACUCCAGGAAAGCCUGUUUGUUGGAAUAGUUUUAAUACCGCAACUCCUGGGUUUGUUCACCCACCUAGUAUCACAAAUCUGGGGGAUAAUGAUGCCCCAGAAACUAGCUUAGGUGCUUCUAACUCUAAGUACCAACCCCCUGUACGUGUUACUUAGUUUUAAUAUAUAAGUAAUCUUUCCCGAC